CCCCCCCACUCUUACCUCCAUCUCUAACCCUGCACUCUUCAAACUCUCUCCAUCAUAUCUCCAGCCUUUUUUUCCACCUCUCCUCUCCUCUCCUCUCCUCUCCUCGGGUUUCUUCCAGCUGGAAAAAUGGCAAUGACAGAUCUGUUGAAGGCUGAUGAGAUCAAGAAAGCUCUUGAUGCAUUUUCAGCAGAAACAUUCAACCCUAAGAAGUUUUUUGAAAUGGUGGGAAUGAAGGCCAUGUCAGCUGAAAACGUCAAGAAGGUCUUCCAGGUUCUGGACGUGGACGGUAGUGGGUUCAUAGAGGAGGAGGAGCUUAAGUUUGUACUAAAGGGAUUUUCCAAGGAUGGCAGAGAUCUGACUGAUGCUGAGACAAAAGCAUUCCUCCAAGCUGCAGACAAAGAUGGAGACGGCAAGAUCGGCAUUGACGAGUUCGAAGCCUUAGUGCAUGAGUAGGGGGCAGCUUCAUCUCCCUCCUUCUCCUCCUCUUCCUCUUCUUUCUCUUCCUCCCUGAAUUAAUGUUUUUUAACCACCACCUCCAAACUCCUCCCCUCGUCUCCUCGUCUCCACCCCAACGUGGAGUCAGACCAGGCCUGAUCUCCGUAAAACUACUCCCAGGCCCGAGAGGUGACAACAUGAGGACGGACGCACCGGUGUGACAGGCACAAGUGUCAUUAAGAAGUUCCAUUUUCUUUUUUUUUUUUAUAUUUAUUACACCACAUGCUGUAUGGGUUUUAUCAUCUUUUCAGACUUCAUCAAGAUAGUUUGUGGUCUCAAACAGGUGGUACUAGUGCUGUAGAUGCUGUAGAUGUUCUAAAGACUUUUACCUUUUCUUUCUUUCUGUGGAUUUUAGGUUGUGCAUUUCUGGUUGUUUAUUUCUGGAUGUUUCCUCCCACUCCUCUUCCUCAUUCACCUCCUUCCUCCUCUCCUUCUCCGCCCUCUCUCUCCCUGCCUCUGAUCAGAUGACGUAGUAAAUAAAAUUAUCUAUAAAUGGACAGCUGUGAAGAGAGAACUGAGUAAGAAAUGACAAUAAAAAAAAUGUUGAGUAAAUAA